GGCGGGCGGCAGGGGGCGCCGGCGGGCGCGCGGGGGCGGUGCUCGGAGCGGCCGGGGCCGUGGCGUGGCGGCGGGAGCGGCUCAGCGCCGGCCCCGGGAGCGGCGCGGCGGGGCAGGCACCACUGAUAUAGGAAGAUGAAACCAUGAAGAGACAGCAGAACGAAUAAUAAUGCUUUUCCGAAACCGUUUUCUGUUCUUGCUGGCUUUGGCAGCCUUGUUAGCCUUUCUGAGCCUCAGUCUACAGUUCUUGCAUUUAAUCCCAGUAAACCCUGUCCGAGAAGAUGGGUUGAAUCCUAAGAGCCGAAAGAGAAUAAUGCCUGAUUUGCUGACUGAGCCUCCUGCGAUAGAUCCCGUUUAUGAAGCUUAUGUUUACUGCAAUAUCCCAAACAUUGCUGAGCGCAGCAUGGAAGGUCAUGCACCUCAUUAUUUUAAGCUAGUGUCAGUUCAAGUGUUGAUUCGUCAUGGCGAUAGGUAUCCACUGUAUGCCAUUCCCAAGACAAAGAGACCGGAUAUUGACUGUACAUUACUGCCUAACAGGAAACCUUCUCAUCCUCAGCUCGAAGCUUUCAUUAAACAUAUGUCCAAAGGGUCUGCAGCUCAAAUGGAUGGUGCCCUGAGCAACCUGCCUCGUUACCCUAGCCAUUCCUUGUGCGAAAUGGGAGAGCUUACACAGACAGGGGUUGUACAGCACUUACGAAACGGCCAGCUCUUACGAGAAAUUUAUAUAAACAAGCAUAAACUGCUUUUGAGCAACUGGACAGCAAAACAGCUCUAUUUGGAGACAACAGGAAAAAGUCGGACCCUGCAGAGUGCGUUGGCGCUGCUUUACACUCUUUUGCCAGAUUUUGACUGGAAGAAAAUUAACAUGAGGCAUCAGUGGAGCACCAUCUUUUGCUCUGGAAGCUGCGAUUGUCCUAUGCGAAACCACUACCUAGAAGAGGAACAGCGCAGACAGUACAGUUUACGGGUGAAAAACAAUGAUUUGGAGAAAAUAUAUGUGGAAAUGGCAAAGAUUGUAGGCGUUCCCACCAGGCAGCUGAGAGCUUCUAACCCAAUAGAUUCUCUCUUGUGUUAUUUUUGCCAUAAUGUCAGUUUUCCGUGUACCCAAACAGGAUGCAUUGGUAUGGAACACUUCAAAGUGAUCAAAAGACAUCAGUUGGAAGAUGAGAGAGAAAGACAGGAAAAGAAACUUUAUUUCUUAUAUGCACUAUUGGCUACUCAUCCUCUCCUCAACCAGACUGUUAAUCGGCUGCAGCGUAUUGCAGAAGGCAAGAAAGAAGAAGUAUUUGUUCUUUACUCUGCACAUGAUGUCACAUUGUCACCUGUCCUUAGUGCCUUGGGCAUUACAGAGGCUAGAUUUCCAAGAUUUGCUGCCAGAUUAGUUUUUGAGCUGUGGCAGGAUGGGAAGAGACCCAAAGAACACUUCAUCCGCAUCCUCUAUAAUGGCGCUGAUGUCACUUUCCAGACCUCAUUUUGCAAGGAUUAUUUUAAACAUUCCAGCAAGCCAAUGUGCCCACUAGAAAAAUUUGUUAACUUUGUGAAGAGAGACAUGUUCUUAGUUUUUAACAGCACUAGCUAUUAUGAUGCAUGUCGUAGAAGACCACUGUAGGGGUGGAAAGUGAGAAGGAAGCAAUGUCAAUUCACGUAUUGGUGAAAAUCUGUAUUCUGGUUGAGGCACAGUUCAGCUUUGUUAUUUCUUGUAUGUGUAAGUACAAGAGGAUAUUGCUGGAAACAUUCUCCAAAUAUUUUUGUUCAGACUGCAGAUCGUUUCCGGUAGAAGAAUGAAUAGUGAGGGAGCAUUGUGCAUAUGUGUGUGCUCAGAAAUGCUGUGUUAGCUGUAAUGAAAUGAUACAUAGCACAGGGUACUGUAACCUCGAUGUCCCUGGAUAGAGUGAGAGCACAGACUUUGUUUCUCUGUGUUCCAGAGCAGUCCUUGAAUACCAUAAGCUUAAAACCCAAAGCUAUUUUUUUUUCACUGCCAUUUCAGUCUUUUGAAAUAGUUUGUAUCACGGUAUUUCUGAGUUCUGCAUUAAACCAUUUGCAGGGAUUUCUUGAAGUUCCUUACUCAAAAAGAAGCAUUUUAAUAUUUAGGAGCAGGUCUUUAAAGCAAAGCGGGUGUGUGUAUUUGUGCACACUCACCUGUGCAUGUCUAAAUGACCAUGUGCCUUUUAGACCUCACAGACCUAGAAAUACGUGGCUGCUGUCACCAGUGACAGAGAAAAGUGUACUGGAAAAUGGAUACAAAACUCUGUUCUUCGAUCGCACUUUCAGCACUUUGAGUAGUUCAAACACAGUCUGGAAAUAUGUAAAGGUCUUGUGACAUUAAAAUAGAUAGCAAACACUAACAUUACCGAUACACCUGUGUGGGAAAUUAGGAUUAGAAAUCAGUUUUGUGGUGAAGUGUUGGGCUUUUUCCUGUUGUGAACACAUUCAAGCUGCUGUGCUAUGAAACAAAUCAGUGUUUUAGGAAUUUGUUACAGUGACUGCUUGAGACAGUUCGACUAAACAAUAGUAGAAUUUUGUAGUUGAGUUAGUAUUUUUAUGGACUAGGAAGCUCUUGUUUUGUAAGAUCAGACCUGUACAUAUCGUACUGUGUAUAUUUAUAACACAGCAGAUCUUUCUUACUUAUUUAGUUUGUAAAGACUUGUGAAACUGACUUUUAGACAUUUUUUCCCCCUUGAUCAGGAUGUUUAGACUUAGGAAUAAACUGUCUUUUAUGGGUAACUUGAGCAAUGAGUAGAUACAAAAACUUAACUGCGUUCAUCUCUUUAGGAGUAGUAAACUAAGAACCAAUUUUUAAUAGAGCUCAUAGGAAUUUUGUAAUGGUGGAGGGUUUUUACGCCUCUAGAAGUAUUUUAGUCAUUGUGAUUCAAUGGUGCUAGUUUAUCAAAGAAAACUCAGCAUAAGUUCUCUAUUGGCAUUCCACUCUGUUUUCAAUGCUGCAAUUGAACAUGUUUCUUGAAAUAAAAGUUU